AUGAAUUGGUCAAGCUCGAACAAUAUGAUACUGCAUGAUUGUAUCGUAUGUGGUGAAGCUGUUUGCAGUAGUGGCAUUCAAUAUGGCCAGGAAGUAACCUGGCACUGCGAAUAUCGAGCAUUCGACGAGGCAAUUUACAACUCAGAAGCGCUACUUGACCGCAAACUGGAAGUAUGUGUUAACCCAGCGAGGGGCAUGCAGCCGGAGGUAUCCGGUGUUAGAAGGAACCACGAUCUAUGGGGUCACUACAGGGCUCCGUUUAUACUCAAGGGGCGAUGGGACGAUGUAGAGUUCAGGAACCGCCUACGGUACGAUAUCCUAGAUACCGAAGGUGAAAACGAUCAUAAUAAGAAUACUGUUCUUAUAUUCCGUAUAUGUUCAGUCACUGAGCGCUCGCAGGAAGUCAUCCGCCCUUUGUGCUCGACGUAUUAUCUCGACUUCGACUUCAACUUCAUUUAUGUACCGCAGCUCGCCACGAAGCAAACCCCUGAAAGCCCCUGA